AUGCUCAAAUUCUCAUUCCUCAUUCCCCUCAUCAUCGCCACCACCAUCGUCGCCGAUGACGACGCCACCGUCAUGAAAAACCUCCUCCGAAACCUUAAACCACCUCCUCCCAAAUGGUCCUCCGAUACUCCCUCCUGUCAAUGGACCGGCAUCACGUGCGAUUCAUCAAAACGCGUCACUGAAAUACGACUCUCUUCGUUAAACCUCGCCGGAACCCUCCCCUCCGAUCUCAACUCCCUCACUCAACUCACAGUUCUCGAUCUCAGAAACAACUCUCUCUCCGGUUCAUUCCCUUCCCUCGCCAAUCUCUCCUCCCUCAAAACCGCUUACCUCGGGGCUAAUAAAUUCACCUCCGUCUCUUCCGCUGCAUUUUCCGGCCUCACUUUGCUUCAAGAACUCUACUUCGACCAUAACUCUGACCUCUCUCAAUGGGAAUUCCCCAACGAGUUGACUCAGUCUUCUAGUCUCACCACACUCGAUCUUUCUUCCUCAAUGAUCAACGGAAAUUUACCCGACAUUUUCGGUAAUUUCUCUAGUCUCACCAGUGUUCGACUCUCCUUCAACAAUUUCACUGGAGGAUUACCUAACUCUCUCGCUGCUUCCUCAAUCCAGAGUUUAUGGCUCAAUAAUCAGCUACCCGGGUUUACCGGUUCCAUCGCCGUGAUUUCCAACAUGACUUAUUUAACUCAGGUAUGGUUUCAAAAUAAUAAAUUCACCGGUCCAAUUCCAGAUAUUUCGCAAUGCAAGAAUCUCUUUGAUCUGCAACUUAGGGAUAAUCAGUUUACCGGUGUAGUUCCUGAUUCUCUGAUGAGUAUGUCUAGUUUGAAGAAUGUUACUCUUCGUAACAAUCUGCUUCAGGGACCUGUUCCUGUUUCCUCUAAUGGUGGGACAAUUGAUAUUGGCCUUAAUAGCUUUUGUCUUGAUAAACCUGGGCCUUGUGAUGACAGGGUUAUGGUUUUGCUUAAAAUUGCUGAGGGGUUUGGGUAUCCUAUUCAAUUUGCGAAUUCGUGGAAAGGGAAUGAUCCUUGUAAAGAUUGGCAAUCUGUUUUGUGUAGUGGGGGUAAGAUUAACACACUGAAUUUCGGGAAAAGGGAUUUGCAGGGAACGAUUUCGCCUGCUUUUGCCAAUUUGACUGAUUUGAACAGGUUGAUUCUAAGUGGGAAUAAUUUGACUGGUUCUAUACCUCAGAGUUUGACUACAUUGACUCAGCUUGAGACUCUUGAUGUAUCUAACAAUAAUCUCUCAGGAAAGGUUCCCGUGUUCUCACCAAAGGUGAAGUUAAUAACUGAUGGUAAUGUUUUGCUUGGUAAAGAUCCUGGUUCGGAAGGUGGAACGCCUGGUUCUUCUCCCGGUGGACCGGGAAAAGGUACUGCAUUGAGUCCGGGUUGGAUUGCUGGUAUAGUGAUUGUUGUUGUGCUUUUUGUUGCUGUAGUAUUGUUUGUUUCUUGCAAGUGUUAUUCCAGAAGACGGUUUCGGAAAUUUUCAAGGGUUAGUAAUCCUGAAAAUCGGCAAGAAAAUGUUAAACUUGGUCUUGCGAGUGUUUCAAAUGGAUAUGGUGGUGUUCCGAGCGAGUUGCAAAGCCAGAGCAGUGCUGAUCAUAGUGAUCUUCAUGGUUUUGAUGGAGGAAGUGGCGGAAAUGCUAUUAUUUCCAUUCAUGUUCUUCGACAAGUGACGAAUGAUUUCAGUGAUGAUAACAUUUUGGGCAGGGGAGGGUUUGGUAUUGUUUAUAAAGGGGAAUUACCUGAUGGAACUAAAAUUGCUGUCAAGAGGAUGAUAUCUGUUGCAAUGGGAAGCAAAGGAUUGAAUGAGUUCCAAGCAGAGAUUUCUGUUCUUACUAAGGUUAGGCAUAGACAUUUGGUCGCCCUUUUGGGAUACUGCAUCAAUGGCAAUGAGAGGCUAUUGGUAUAUGAGCAUAUGCCUCAAGGUACAUUAACGCAGCAUCUGUUUGAAUGUGAAGAACAUGGCUACACUCCUUUGACAUGGAAACAAAGGUUGGCAAUAGCUUUGGAUGUUGGACGGGGGGUCGAAUACUUGCACAGCUUAGCUCAGCAAAGCUUCAUUCAUAGAGACUUAAAACCAUCAAAUAUACUAUUAGGCAAUGACAUGAGAGCAAAAGUUGCAGAUUUCGGGUUGGUUAAAAACGCACCGGACGGGAAUUAUUCUCUUGAGACAAGGUUGGCCGGAACAUUUGGAUAUCUUGCACCCGAGUACGCAGCUACUGGAAGAGUGACAACCAAAGUGGACGUUUACGCGUUUGGAGUAGUUUUGAUGGAACUGAUCACAGGUAAAAAGGCAUUGGAUGAUUCUGUGCCUGAUGAAAGGUCUCAUUUGGUUACAUGGUUCCGUAGGGUACUCAUCACCAAGGAAAACAUUCCAAAGACAAUUGAUCAAACUCUCAACCCAGAUGAGGAAACAAUGUUGAGCAUAUAUAAAGUGGCCGAGCUGGCUGGCCAUUGCACCGCCCGUGAACCAUACCAAAGGCCAGAUAUGGGACAUGCAGUGAAUGUGUUGGUUCCCCUUGUGGCGCAAUGGAAACCUUCUACCCACACAGACGAAAGUGGUUAUGGCGUUGACAAUCAGAUGAGUCUUCCUCAAGUACUGGAAAGGUGGCAAGCCAAUGAAGGCACUUCAACAACAAUGUUUAAUGACAUGUCCAUCUCACAAACCCAAUCAAGUCUCACUUCUAAACCUCCAUUAUUUGCAGAUUCCUUUGGUUCAACGGAUUGCCGGUAA